GAGUCUUAGUAAAAGAAACUGAAACAGAAGACGUCUCUUCUUUCUGUUUACAAAGAUUUACUUUUGUACCCCAGAGAGCAUAAGUGCACUAGAAUCUAAGUUAGAAUUACAGGAAAUAUUUUCAUUUGACCACAGAAAACUUCUGUUUUGAAGCAAAGUUCUCUCGAAUGAUCCAGUUGGUGACCAACAUGCUGGAAGAAAGUUCGAACAUUGCUGCAAGCAAUUUCAUAUCAUCGCUAGUGAAGUCAUUACAGAUUCUUUGUAAUGGGCAAGUGGACUUCAAUGAGAGUAUUGAAUUAAUAGGACAUAUCAAUGUCAGGGUUGAUCACAAAUUCAAAUUCAAUUACAUUGUGGAUGAACAAGUAUCAAAGGAAGGAGAUGAUGCAUCAACCACUUUUCUCAGUAAUAGUUAUCAUUCUUCACCGCCUUCAAGAUUAAGCACCAAACAAGUUCCCCAUGAUGAAGAAAUAAUUGAUUCUCAAAGAGCAAAAAAGAAUGUAAAGAAGUCGAGUGAUAUUCCACAUGACAAACCAAGGCAAAGUGCUAGUGCCAUGGGAAGCCUGAGUGACUCUGAAGAGACAGAAUCUGCCCAGCAAAAAUACUCUGUCAAGUAUGAUGCUCCUGUUGUUAGUGAAACGGCGGGAAACCAUAUGGUGAUCAAAGUGGAAGGGGACGAUCCUUCAGAUGACUGCGUGGUCCUUCCAGGAUCCCCUGGUGAAUAUAAUGAAUGUGGAGAGUCCAGUGGGUCAUUACAUUCAGAAGGGCAGCAAUUCCCUGGUUCUAGUGGAUGUUAUGUUGGGUCACAAAAUGAACAUCAGUCAGGUCCAGGUCCAGCUAAAAAACAAAGGCAGUCAAGAGAACAAGAUGGUGAUGAGUUUCUUGAUGAUAAGGAUGAGUUGAGAGAGGGUCCUGAUCAUGUCAGCUCUUGUGGUGGAAGACGAGCUUCUUCUGAAAUGAUAGGAAAGUUUGCAGCUUUUGAGUGUUCAUAUUGUUCAGUGAUACUCACCAAACAAGCUGACCUCACUGUGCACAGCAAGAACUGCCCUGCUCCUUCAUGCUACAUGAUUUGCUUGACUUGUGGAGAAAAGUUUCACAGCAAGCCCGAGAUGAGGCAGCACUUGAAGUUUGCCCAUAGUCACAAGACAUUCAGCUGCAAGUUUUGUGACUUGAUGUUUCUAAGCAGCUCAGGUCUUCUUAGUCAUACCAAAGCCAAACACAAGCCUGACUCAAAAACUCUGUGUCAGAUAUGCGGUCAAGCCUUUCAUAAUCGAGCCAACUUGGAGGGACAUAUGAAUAUGCAUUUAGGUAUUCGGCCAUUUACUUGUAAAAAAUGUGGAAAAGGAUAUGGACAUUCAAAAUCUCUAAUGACUCAUGAAAAGAACUGCAAGUCUGUUGGUUCAUCAGGCAAGUCUCGUGCAGCACAUCAUAUGAAAAGGCAGUCUAACAGAGGGGCAUCUGCUGGGAAGAAGACGAGUGCUCCUUCACAAGUAUCUCAGAGACAGGGAAACAAUAUGGACACUGACCAAACACACAAGACAGCAUUGACUCCCACUCCCAGUGCACCCCAGGCUUUCUCAUACUCGGAAUCAGUUCCAACUUACUCUGUUUAUCAGACCAUGAAGAAAACAGACCAACAGGGAGACAGUUCACAACAGCCCAUGUCUCCGUCCCAUCAAGAGUUUCCUUUUAGCCAGUCAUAUCAGGCCUUGCAAUCUGUGGAUCUGUCCAACAUGUCUACCCCAGGACAAGCUGUUGGAGAGAAUGUUUAUUCUCAACCUUCCAGUGAAGGCUUUGUGCUUCCUCAGUUGGCUUAUGGACUAUACUCACAAGAGUUGUUACCAGAGCAUGGAUGACGCAUGAUUUCGUUUGAUUUUAUUGAUAAGUUGUGUUAUAUUAUACCAAUGACUGCUCAAGAACAGUACUCUGUUGAGUUCGUGUGGAUUGUUUAGUAUGAAUACUGGUUUGCUGAAAGAGCUCACAAGACAAAAAUAUGCUCUAAACUUAAAGGGGGGAAAAAAGGAUGAGACAAAUGCUCAGAAUAUUGUGGUUUUAGUUUUAUGAAUUUGUUGAAUUCUUUUAAAGGGAAAAUGCAAGUUAGGAUGAGUAAAAGGUUUGGUUAGGGGAUUUAAUAAAGGACUAUAAAAUAACAUGUCUUUUUCCUCUAGAUUUGCAAAUGUUUUACCCAUUAGUCUGCCUAUUUCUUGUGGAAUUGUUUACAUUUCAUGCAUUGUAAAAUUAUAAAGCAAAGUGUUACGGAAUAUGUGUUCAGUUAAGUGUGGCUUGCCAAUCAUUAAGAAAGCUAUCAUAGAACUGUACUGUGUCAUCAACUACUCUUGACCCAGCUGUUUGUGUGUUCUGGUUAUUGACAUGCGACACAUAUGAUUAAGGGAAUGUUCAUUUGUAUGCCGAGAUGAUGACAGUUGUGAAUUUUUUUGUGAUGAAAGUACAUGAAAAAAAUUGAUAAUUGAAAAUCUGUUCGUUGUGUGCAUGCUAGACUGUAUGUGUGUGUGCAUGCCUGACAAAAGGGCCCAUAUGUGAGCAAAGUCAAUUUUGAGCUGCAAGCCUACGAAGUUUAAGUGAUCACAGGUCAAAAAUGUAGAUCAACCAGAAAAUCAAAGUUUAUGUUUUCUUAUUAUACUUCAAAAGGCUCAGCUUUAUUUGUAAGUUCAUGUAGUAUAAAAAAUUUAGUUUAUUUUAGUGUAUUGGUGAAAUUUGAAAAUUAACUGGCUCAGAUAGACCUGUUUUUUAGUCGCUAUUUGACACUACACUGUCGGAUAUGUUUUUAUUUCUACACAAAUUUUAUAGAAAAAAUUUUUAAGUGCUAUCUACCCUACACUGCUCGCGAGUCCAGUCGUUUACAUUCCAACGGCACCAAGUGUACAUUUGUACUUGCAUAGAUGUCGAUAGUAUCAAUUUCUAUGCUGUACUGUACCAUUUGAACCUUUUGUACAGAAAUAUCUACAUAUCAACUCAACAAAUACCGUAGGGUACCAAAAUAUCAGUAUGACACAGCCACAUAAAUUACAACGUGUGUUUAAUUAAAUAAUACUCAUAAGAAACCGCAGCAUCAAUAUACACUUCCACUACUUCCAGCAUCAGCAUAGAGAAAUUGCAGCUGGAAAAAGAAAUUUAAUAAAUUUAAUCCAGGACUAAAAGGAGCUGUAGAAAAAUGCCUAAAAAUUCAAUGAAAUUACUCAGGAGCCCUGGAUAGAGCCCAGGGUUCAAAGGGUUACAGUUUUUUAAAAUUAAACAAAUGUUUAUUGAAUUAAUAUCAAAUAGUGUAAAAGUACAAGUGAGGCGAGGGAGAAUAGCAGUUGUAAUGGCUUAUAGUUUAUUCAUAAAUAAAUGUAAUUUUAAAGCUGUCUUUCUCAAACUUACUUUUGUACCUCCUCUUAUUUAUAAUGAAACUUGCAAUAGAUCUAGUGCAUGCCUGUGUAUCUCCAAAAGUACUUGAAAAAUAAAGAAAAAACCCUGCAGAUUCAGUUUGGAAAAACUUAUGAAACUACACCUUUAUAAUCUCAAUUUCGAACAUUGCAGUCAUAAUAGUCAUGAGCCUUUUUUUGUCAGGCACACACAAUAAACACAUGUACUGUUGUUGUAGCAUACAUAUGUGGAAGUUGGAAUUCAGAGGUGAACGUUGGUUGUGUAACUUAAAAUCAUUAUACGAGUAAUCGAUUUUGCAUUGUGAUUGGUGCAUGCACUUAUUAAAAAUUUAGAAUGAAUGAUCAUAAUGGCUGUAAAGUAAAGAUGGCCAGUACCAACAUCUUCAAUAAAACAGCAUUUUUUUCUAUUUGA